AAUGAACUAUCUCAAAAUACAACUUCAUUUCCCAGGAUAUAUUGCGAGCUUUCGACGCACUUUCGCCACAGAAGAGAACAAAUGGACAGGAGGCGCCACUUUGGAACAAUAUACCGGAUAUUUCGCUAGCGCUCCAGUCUAGAAGCCAGAACAGAACAAGCUGCCAGCUUUGCUGCUGUCAAGCAACUCAUCUCGUCAAUACACGAUCUUCUUCGUGAGUCUCGCCGCUUACUGUCUGAUUGCUGCAGUUAGAGGAGUAGCUGCAGGUUCCAGUUCAGCCGAACCAUGACCUGACCGUGGUGCUGCAGGUCUGUCUGCCCAGUUCUCCUGACCAGAAGGCAGAGUGUGUAGGAGAGGAGGCGGUGGUGGCAUGCGUGUGAGCAGCAGCUGGAGGUGGCAGCUCUCCCGAGCCAUGCGACUGGCGCUGCGCUGGUGCUGGCUGUGCCGCACGCAGAGGGGGGGCCAAGGCGGGGGUACCAAAGCGGGGAUCGGCGGCAGGUUGUCAGAGGUGUGGCGUUACAGCAAGCUCCUGCUCAAGUCGCUGUACUUCAACAGCCUCACCAACUCAGACACUCUGCUGGACUGUGCUUUUGAACCCGUUUAUUGGAUUGUGGACAACGUGACCCACUGGUUUGGAGUGGUGUUUGUCUGUCUUGUCGUCUUGCUGACAUCCUCAGUUGUGGUCAUCGUCUACCUGUUUGUCCUGCCCACGAUCGUCAGCACUUACCCUGCACACUGGAUUGUGUGGCACCUCUGUUGUGGCCACUGGCUUCUCAUUAUGGUGGUGUUCCAUUAUUACAAAGCGACCACCACCUCUCCAGGACACCCACCAAAGGACAAAAGUCCCUUCCCUUCUGUGUCCAUCUGUAAGAAAUGCAUCACUCCCAAACCACCGAGGACACACCACUGCAGCAUCUGCAACGUGUGUGUUUUGAAGAUGGACCACCACUGCCCCUGGUUGAAUAACUGCGUGGGACAUUUCAACCAUCGCUACUUCUUCUCCUUCUGCGUCUACAUGACCAUGGGCUGUAUCUACUGCAGCAUCAGCAGCAGGAACUUGUUUCUGGAUGCCUACGACGCUGUAGAGACCUACUAUCAGACCCCUCCUCCGGACUACAGUUUUAGAGAAACCACUGCUCAUAAGAGCAUCAUCUUCCUCUGGGUGCUGACCAGCUCUGUGGCAGUCGCUCUGGGUGGACUCACCCUGUGGCACGCCAUGCUUAUCAGCAGAGGAGAAACCAGCAUAGAGCGGCACAUCAACCGCAAAGAAGCCAGAAGAUUAAAGGAGAAAGGAAAGGUGUUCCGAAAUCCAUAUCAUCGCGGUAAAAUGAACAACUUGAAGCUACUGUUUGGUGUGCAGAAGAGGAGUCACUGGCUCACACGGGUCCUCUUACCCUCCAGCCAUCUUCCCUGCGGAGACGGCAUCGUGUGGGACUGCACCUUCGCCAGGAGAGACCCCAUGGCCAUCUGACUUUCAGCUUUUUAAUGUCGUACCAUAUAUAUAUAUA